UGUUAUCUAUCUUGAUUCUUGAUGUGUGUGUAUAAAUGUGAAGAGAAACUAAACUUUGGUCAACUUUGGUAAACAGCUCUCGUGGACUGGACUUUGACAUUUUAAUUUUAAAUUAUUUUAACUGUGCGAGUGAUUGACCUUCCUUUCUCUUCUAGUAAAGUUAAAUUAGCGAAAAUGUCGGAGAAGAGUAGCCCCGUAAAAUAUUUUUUGAGCGGUGGUUUUGGUGGUGUUUGUACUGUUUUAUCGGGACAUCCCAUGGACACGAUAAAAGUAAGAUUACAAACAAUGCCUCUUCCAAAACCAGGAGAAACCGUCUUGUACAAGGGCACUUGGGAUUGUUUCAAAAAGACGGUGCAGCUUGAAGGAUUCCGUGGGCUCUACAAGGGAAUGUCAGCGCCUUUAACAGGAGUAGCGCCAAUUUUUGCUAUCAGUUUUUUCGGUUUUGGUUUAGGUAAAAAGUUAAUAAAGUCGGAAGAAGAUCAAGUACUUACAAAAUCAGAAUUAUUUGCUGCGGGUGCUUUUUCUGGUGUGUUCACAACUUCGAUUAUGGCUCCGGGCGAAAGGAUAAAGUGUCUACUCCAAAUUCAACAAGGUGCGAACGCGCCACAGAAGUACAAAGGCAUGGUCGACUGUGCCAGGCAGUUAUACGCUGAGGGUGGUAUCAGAAGCAUCUACAAAGGUAGUGUUGCUACAAUUUUGAGAGAUGUGCCAGCUAGUGGUAUGUACUUCAUGACAUAUGAGUGGAUAAAAGAGGUCCUUGUACCAGAGGAUGCAAGUAAUAAACUGAAGAUGGUGGCAACCAUAGUAGCUGGUGGUUGUGCGGGGAUAGCUAACUGGCUGGUGGGCAUGCCGGCCGAUGUACUCAAGAGUAGACUUCAAACAGCCCCAGAGGGUACAUAUCCAAAUGGUAUGAGGGAUGUUUUCAAACAGUUGAUGGAGAGAGAGGGUCCAAUGGCUCUGUACAAGGGUGUAACACCAGUCAUGAUUAGAGCAUUCCCAGCAAAUGCUGCAUGCUUUGUUGGGUUUGAAUUUGCUGUUAAAUUCUUGGACUGGGUUGCACCUAACCUUUGAUACUGUAUUAAUAAUGACCUAUAAGAUUUUUAAAGUAUUUAGUUAACUUUCUGUAAGUUAAAAUAUGUUUAUCUGUUAUAUAAUUGUUUUUACAAUUAUAUUGAGCACAGAUAAUUUUUAAUUAUGAUUGUUCACAUCAUAAUUCAGAACAUGACAAUGUUUAGAUAUAAAUACAGCAUGUAAAUAAAUAUCAAAAAUAUAUUAAGUAUAUUAAGUAAGUAGUAAAUUCAAUUUCACUGUAAGCUUUAACAGUGUUUGUUAUAUUUACUGUAAAUAAAGGAUAACUAAAUCAUUUGUUAAAUUGUUUAUUUUUGAUAUUUGUUAUGCAACAUGUUUUUAAUCAAAUAUUGCCACUGUUUGUAUUUUGCACACAACAGGAAACUAUAGACUUGUAGACUAUUUUGUUCAGUGCCUUGAAUAAACAAUUAUUUUAUA